GUCCUGUCUCCUGAGCCCUGUGGCUUGCUGCACCCUAGACUAUCUCAGCUGCUCAAGCUGGAGUACUGUCUUCCUUCUCAGCCCCCACAACACCUCUGGAGUGGGGAAGAGUGGAUUCAGGAGUUUGGGCAGGGGAACCUGGAAUAAGCCCCACACCAGCUCAGCUCCUUGCCUGCUGCUUAGAUGCUAUUGGAGCUUGGUUCCAGCCAUGAAACUGCCCAAAGGGUCCAGGAACUCUGUGUUCUAUGGGCAGCACCCAGAGAAGAAGGUGCAGGUUCCCUCAUGGAAAGAGGUGAAGCAGACCCCUGUGAUCAUGGCGAUGAUCAAAGGUCCGGGGUCUGCCAAGUACUUGCGGCCAUCCUGCACAGGCUACCUAGGCCAUGACAGCUCCAUGUUCCAGGAGCCAGCCUGCACUCUGCACACUCAGCACUCAGAGAAGCGGAUAAUGGACAUAUGCAACCCUGGGCCUUGCUAUUUCCUGAAUCCCAAAAUAACUCGGGUUGGACUGUCCAGCUGCCCGCAGAUCCCCAUGGCGGAACGCAUCUCUAACCUGUGCCUGAGCUCCACCCCAGCCUCCUGCCACUACUGCUUGGAGAAGGCCCACCCUUCUGGAGAACGCAGGGCUCCGCAGUACACUUUCGGCUACCGGUGCCCAUACAGAGUAAUGGACCCCAACCCGGCCCCCAACCACUACCAGCUGCCACUCUUCCUGGGGCCCAACAUCCCCAUCAACCGAGCUGCUCCUUGCUAUAGUUUGGCCUCCACAGACAACAACUGGUUCUACAAGAAGAAUGUGGCAGGAGGUCCUGGGCCAGCCAUGCACACCCGCCCUGAGCCAUCUGUCUACCAGAACCGCAGCCCCAUCUACAGCAUGGCCAAGCGCUUUGCCUGCCCAAUGGACCAUACACCUCAGCCUGGACCGGGUUCCCAUGAUGUCCAGCUGGUUACAGUACACAAGCCCCGCACACCUGCUUUCACCAUGGGUGUCAAACACUCACCCUACCUGUGCCCGUUGGUCAUUGACAUUCACAACUGAGGGCCCUCCUCGUGUACUCACUCACUCCUCCCCACAGAAGAUAUUUUCUAUAUCAAAAUGAGCAACUUACCAAGGUUUUGAGUAGCAGAGCUGGUGCCUGCUGUGUUUAGCACACAGAAAGUAUUAGAUAAAUAUUUUUAUUUUUUUAUUUCUUCAUUUUGUAAA